UCAUAGAAACCAUCAACCCAUCAACUGCAUUAUUUACCAAUUUUUACUUAUUUGCUUUCUUGUUUAUUAAGCGUUAUUUUGUAGUAAUAUUUUAGAUAGAAGCUCUCAAGAUGGAGGAAGAAGAUGAGGAAACCUUCGGGGAGCUGAUGGCGGUGGCCUCGGAGACCACGGAGGCUGAGAAGGAAUAUGAUCAGAUCCUAGAGGCUCUGCGCGAGGACGAUGCCCUCAAGCACAUUGCGGACGUGGUCACCAAGCUGUACGACUGCUACUACCAGAAGAAGGGCGAGAAUAAGAAGCAGGCGCAGGAGCUGGAGGCUAUUCAGGCUCGGAUGGAUAGGUUUGACGACACGGUCACCGACUACCAGGCUGAGAUCAGCGAGCUGAACAAGACCAUCGCCGGCCUGCGCGCUGACGUCGAGGAUGCUCGUACACUAGCAGAUGCGAUGCACGCGCGUGAGCUGGCCGGCGUGGAGAGCCUCGAGACCAUGAGGAAGCUGGUCACACGGCUGGAGAAGGAACUGGAUGCCAGGAGACGCGCGGGGGAUGAUGAUGUCGGCGCAACAUCAGCAGUGAAAGAGAAGGAGAGGUUCGAGAAGGAGAUAACCCGGCUGCAGAGCGAGCUGGACGCGGCGGCGCGGCGGCUAGAGAGCGCGGUGGAGUACCAGCGCGAGCUGGAGGGCCGCGCGCAGGAGGCCGCUGAGAAGGAAGCUGCGCAAGAGGACAAACUAGAGGAAUAUGAAAACAACGCGGUGCGGACGAACAGAGUGCUGGAACAUACGAAAGGAGAGGUCAAUGAACUCAAAGCCGAGAUUGAGGCUCGCGGGAAAACCAUCGGAAUGCUCAAUGAAAAGCUAGCCAAAUCGGAAAAGCAGCUAGAACGCCGCGACAAGCAACUGCACGAGAUUCAGUCGAAGGUGGUCCAAGCGACGCAGGAGCAGCAGGCGGCGCUGGCGAGGGCGUCCCACGCUCGGGAACAACUUGAGAGACAGGCCAAGGAGUGUGAGAAGUCUAAGAAGACGCUUGGUGAUGUUAGCAAGGAGUUGAAGAUCUCAAUAGACGACAACAACAGACAGCGGACGGAGAUUGCGAAGUUGAACAAGAACUUCGCGACACAAGUGAAGAAGUACCAGCUGCUGGAACAAGCUAAGGCCACUUCUGAUGCGGAGAGGGACCGUCUCCGCCAGCAGAUCACGGUGAUGGAGCGCGAGAUCAUGAUGAGCAAGAAGCAAGCCGAGAGCGACAAGAGAGAGAUAGAGAACCAGCAGAGAGAGAAGGAUAUACUGAAUAACAACAUGCAGAAGAUGCAGACGGAAGCCCAGGAGAACCUCCAGUCACUCCAUCUGCAGCAGCAGCGGCGGAAGCAGCUGGAGCACGAGCUGGAACUGCUGCAGGCGCAGAUCAACAAGCAGAGGAUCGCCGCGAGGCAGAUGGAGAAGGAGAAGGAUAGGAUGCUGGAAGAAACCAUCGCACUUAACGAGAAGGUCGAUGAUGUAACAGACGAGGUGCGUCUGCGCAUGGCCGACAUCGUGGACCUCAAGAAAGCUCUCCGUGAAGAGGAGACCCGAACGAGGCAGCUGUCCGCCUCGCUGGAGACCGCUAGAGCUGACAAGAACAUGUUGCACAAGAACUACACGGAGGCCAACACGGAGCUGACGGACGUGAAGCUCAAGAUGAAGAUGCUAGCCUACCAGAUCGAGCAGCUAAAAGAAGACAUCAGCGGCAAAGAAGUCGGGCUCCGCUCCACCGAGGCCUCUCUCUCGAAGUGCAACAAGCGCGUGGAGGCUCUCAGGGUGGAGGUGCAGGGAGGGGUCGCCAGGCUCGCUGAUGCGAAGGCCGAGAAUACUGCGUUAAGGCAGGAAGAGGGAAGGUUGAAUAGGAUUAUACAGGAAGGCGACACAGCCAGAGCGAAGCUUUCCAAAGAACUUGAAGGUCUCCUGAACGAGCGAGACAUCAUCGGCGCUCAGCUCGUGCGGAGAAACGACGAGAUCGCACUGCUGUACGAGAAGAUCAGGAUAUUGGAGGUCACUCUGCAUAGAGGCGAGCGUCAGUACGAGCAGCGCGUGGAAGACAUACGACUGCUGCGGCUGGAGGUGCUGCGGCUGCGGAAGGAGAAGAACCUGCUCGCCAGAGGCAUAGAGAACAUGACCGACUUGCGGCUAGAGGUGUUCAACCUGGAGCGCGAGCUGGGCCGCGAGCGGCUGCGCGUGCGGGCCCUGGAGGAAGCCCUGGAGACGCCCAUCAACGUGCACCGCUGGCGCAAGCUGGGCGGCAGCGACCCCGCGCACGUGCAGCUCACGCAGAAACUGCACAUGAUACAGAAGAAAGUGCUAUCGCAAAGUGAGAUGCUGGUACAGAAAGACCGGCAGCUGAAACAAACUGAAAACCUGUACUCAGCCGUGAAGGACAUGCUGGCUCUGCAGCCGAGCCCUGAAAUUCAGCAAACAUUGAAUCGUACACAGAGGGCGCUGUCACAGAGAACCGGGAAAAUGAAGUGUCUUAUAGCGGAACUGAACAUGCGUGAGCGGCAGGUGUCCGACCUACGUCUGGACAUGGAGAGAGUGAACUCGGACUUGACCAGCUACAAGCAGAAGUAUUACGAGCUGAAGAGGGCCCUCGACGCUGACGAGGCACGGAGACUGAAGGUGCCUUCUCCCCAGGGAACCAGGAGCCCGCAGAGCAACAUCAUGACCACUAUCUGCAAAGGCGACUAGGCUACACGGACAGUAAGUAUGUAAUAGGUAGUUUGUUUUUUGUUAAAUCUAUAUUUAGUUUUUGGCGGUCGUUGACAGCCGUGUCGAGAAAUGAGACUGGAUUUUUGUACCUACAAUUCUAGUGCUUAUUUUUAAAUACUACUAGUACUUAUGUAACGGUUUUUAACGAGUCCUUGGUAGAAACGUGUCUGGCUGGUCUAAAGUAGUUUAUACUUACAUCGAAUUGGGCAGGAUCAUAAAAUAU